CCAAUCUGCCCCACAAUAGAGCUAAGCAGCCAUGGAUUAUAGGACUGGGACAUCGGUCACUGUACUGUUCAACUACUGAUUCCAGCUGCAUUAAUGGCAUGACUAUUGAUACGGGUGACACCAAAACUAAAAUUAUUGAAUUCGAAGAAAUUCUGCACCGGCAGGGAGUGGACAUUGCCUUUUGGGGACACUAUCACUAUUAUGACAGAUUUUAUCCUAUGCAGAACUCAAGUAAUCCAUACGUAAAUCCUUUCUCAACUGUCCAUAUAUUAAGCGGAGCGGCUGGUAUGGAUGGCGACCCCACACCAGAGAGAUUUGUAGACCCGCCUCCCUUGUGGUCUGCGUUCAGAACCAUAGAGUUUGGAUAUUCUGUUAUGAAUGUAGUGAACGAUUCACAC